GAUAGGGAUAGGGAUAGGGAUAGGGACAGGGAUAGGGAUAGGAUGCAGCUCCCGGCUCUGUGCUGCGGGGCCCCCCCGCUGCUGCUCGCUAUACCGCGGCAGAAGCGCAGGCGGCCGGCGAGCAGCGCAGUGCGGAGGUUCGUUCCCUGCAGGACCUGCUGCAGUCGCUGCGGCAGCUCCGGGAAGAGGAAGGGGAUCCGAGCCUGCGAGACGGCUGAGGACGGCUCCGAGUGGGAGCUGCCGGGGGAGGAGAGCGUUCGGGCGGGGGCUCCGCUCCUGGCCUCAGACCUCCCCAGCCAGCGGAGGGACAGGGCCAGCGGAGGAGCCUCCUGUCCUCCCUCAGACGGAGACGCUUCUCCUGCUGCUGCGGGACGAGGCUGGAGAGGAGCGGCGGCAGCGCUGCAGAGCCCGCAGCGAGGGCGGAGCGGGGCAGCCCCGGAGCUGCCGCUGUCGCCGGCUGAAAGCCUCGGAGCGGCUUCCCCCGAGCUCUCUGCGCUUCUUUCUGGGAUUUCUGGAGCAGAUGGAGAAGCUGAAGCCGGGACCGGCCCCCAUGUGUCUCCUGAUUCUCCGGGCUGGCGUUCAGCAGCCGUACCACCAGGCUGCCCUCAUGCCCGCCACGGCAGCGGGGUACGGGGCAAUAAACUUUGUGCCAAGCCUACAGCGCCUUUGUUGAGAGGGUUUUUUGGUUUUUUUUUAUGGUCACGGUUCAGCAGAUGGUCAGAGGAUACAGAAACCCCCCCAGAGCGCUCCUCUCCCUCUGCUCUAAGGGCGCUGUCCUGACCCUGGCCAGAACAUCCCAGCCGUUCGGGAAAGCCUUCGGCUGGAGGGUGGCAGCAGCAGGAAGGAUGGUGCUCGCAUCCUUCGGGACUGUGUCAGUGACCCUCCACGCUGUACUGCAGUGGCACUACCGGGCACCGCUGCCAGACCUGGGACCGUGGCAGGGAGCCAGCGUGACUUUCCCGAUGGCUUCACUGCUGCUCCCAGGGAAUCCUCCCCGGAGGUGGGCACGGGGCUGGGGGCUAAUUCCAGGCAGCGUCCUACACACGCUCCUGUGCCAUGGGCUAAGCCGCUGGUAUCAGUGCCAGGCUUGGCACGGCGCACCGGCAUAGGGGGACUAGGACCGAGGGGCUGCACGGCUUUAAAACACACCGGCUGGCGGCUGCCCUGCAGGCAAAGGGCCGCCAGGGCUUCAGCACCUGGGACAGACGCCAACGCCCGCACGCCGGCCCCGCCGGGCUGCCCUCGCCGGCCCGGGGCUCCCCGCAGCCUGCACCGAGCCUGGACGGUCCAGCACAGAGAUAAUGCAUCACGAUCACCGCGAGAAACGAGCCAUGUUUAGGAUGAAAAUGAAUUUCCCCCUUUGGAAAAAGUGAGGCACUACUUAAUUGCAGGAUGGCCACUCCAGACAUUUUUACAUUUCUGUUUUGAUUCUUGUCUGAUGGCCUCAUCGAUUAAUUUCCUUCUCAAUCUAUCAUGCAGGGAAAGAGAGCCUGGGUGAGUGUGGCAUAGUUUUGUCAAAGGUUUUGGCACUGGGAGAUGAAAGGAAUCCACAUCCAGCCUCUUCCUCAGAACAGGAGGCUCUGUACAGACAGCUCACACUCCCCACCCAGAAUGGCAGCAGGAGAAUGGACACAGUGGAAGGAUGUGCAGCAGGUCAGGGCAGCACUUAAGGCAGGUCUAUCCAUCAGCAGAUGGAACCCACAUGGUGCCAACCCCCAGGGUUAUGGUCCUUACCCUUACAGGGCUGAAAAACAAGAACACAAAAUCAUCUUGCUGGGGAAGGGACAAUGUCACCUCAGCUGAGCUGUGUCCAUCCUCCUCAUCACAGGAUCCACACACAGGCUGCCAGCAGCAUCUCUCUGAUCCGAACAACCAGAGCUGCUCUAACAGAGCCUCCUGUCACCACACCUCCCAUCCCACACCCUGGGAAGCGGGGGAAAUGUGCCAGAUUCCCAGCCCUAAAACCAGUCACAGUAAGCUUUCCAGAAGAACCUGCUGUGCUGUUAAGGCAGAUGUUUUACAAGGGAAAUGCCCAGCUGAGCACGGGCAAUGCCUAGAUCUUGACUCUACUGCUGGGCUAUAAAGCCUAAAGUCCAUAUUAAUUUACCAGGGUGAUAAGACGGAGAUAAACAAGUGACUUUUAUAGCUUAACAAUGAUGAGCUGAGUUCUGACAUUUCACACUCCAUUUGCUUUGGCAGAACUGCAAGAUGGAUAAUCCAGGGCAGAAUUUGGCUGUGAAAAUACAACUGCUACUGCGCCAGGCAGCCAUUUUAUCCCACCUCUACACUUCACUACAUUGUACAUGAAUAGAGCACAAAAGCUUCCUGUCAGGAAGCUUUUUAGAAUACUUUUUUAGAAAAGUAUUGUCAGGGCUGAAGUCAUGCUGCUGCAUCUUAUUUAUCUGCCAUGGAACACAGAAGGUGAAGAAGAAUGAACCAGUAAAGAAAGGACGAUCUUGGGGUCUGACUUAAUGACUAAAAUCCUGGACAAUUAGAUUGUUUCACAGGGACAGGUCACUCAAAGCAAAAUAAAAUAUUUCACAUCUGAGAUUAAUAUUGUGUCCCUCCAUUUCUGCUGCUGGGUUUGUGCCCCAGGGGCCACUGUACAAAAAGAAAGACAAAAAAAAGACACAAAGGAAAUCUCAGAGCAAGCUACAAAAUGUUUUUGUACAGAGAGCACUAGAGAAUAAGUAGUGUGUAUGUGGGGGUGUGGGGUGUGAAAGGAAAGAAACAAAAUACAACAAUAACCAAGUCUAAUUAUCUUAAAUUGGACACUCAAAAUUAAUGAAUAAUUCUGGUUUAUCUUUUGCAGUUUACAAAACAAAGUAACACCUUAACACAAACAUUCACAAACCAAGAGCAGCAGGAAGAGAAUAUUUGUAACUACUACCGAAUUAUACAGACACUGCAGUAUAGAAUGUUAAUUAUAAAAAAUAAGCUAUCAGGAUCUUAAUUCUUUUUUAAAAGCACAAAACAAGAAAGUGUUGGAUUACACAAUAAAAAAUUACACAGAAAAAUAGUAUUGCCUUUAUGUUCUGAAAAAAAUAAAGCAUUGAGGAAACCCAGAGAGAGCUCUUAUAAUAAAGGGCUUCAUCAGAACAUACAGAGAGUUGGGCUGACUUCAGGCUAUAUUAGGAAGAAGUAGCAUUUCAGCGUGACUUCACAACCUUGAGAAUGUCCUUUCUAGUAUAAUUUUGGUAGCUGAUCAUGUGAGCAGUAUGUGCACAUGUUUGUACAUAAACACCAUGUUAAGACAUUUAAGACAUGGGAAAUACUUUAUCAUUCUAUUAUUAUUUUGAAAGCGUACUCAGGAGAUUCUUUCAAGAUCUACGUUCAUAUGAAAAGUCAACAAAUUAUUACGAGACUGACAUUCAACUUACUCCUACAUUUGUUGUUGUUUCAAUUUAAAAUAACAAGAAACAUUAGGGAAAUGCAAAAAAAAAAAAAAA